AUGACUAGUAAUGCUAAAUUAUUUAGGCAAUUGAUUGACGUUUCUCCUACUUCCGUUAGGCUGCCUAAUGGGAAGCAUGCCAUUGCCACUAAAGAAGGCACAAUUACUUUGAGCCCAAAUAUGGUGCUCACUAAUGUAUUAUAUGUUCCUGAUCUUACUUGUAAUUUGUUAUCAGUGUCUCACUUGCUUUCCAACCUCUCUUAUUCUAUCACUUUUACUGAUAAGCUUUGCAUCAUACAGGAUCGUACUUUGAGGACUUUGAUUGGAGCGGAUGAACGAUGUGACAGUGACAUCUCUUUACACAAUACUGAUGAUGAUGUGUUCCAAAGUAAGGAGUAUUAUGAUCAUGUCACUCUGUAUGAGGAUACUCCUUUGCCAAGGGGGAGUGAGGAACAUUCAAUUAUGGUAGACGAUAUUGAUGCUGGGAUUGAACAACUCAUCCCACCACUUGCGGCAAUUACUGCAGGCAUCGAACCCACCUCCUUUAAAGAAGUUGUUAAGGAUCCUGGUUGGCGAAAAGCAAUGCAAGAAGAAAUAGAUGCACUUAAGUGA